AACCAGAGGCAGGAAUUUAGCAGUGGGCAGAAAGCUGCAUAACCAUCAGGAUUAGAGCGCAGAAUGACUACUGCUACUGCCACUCUUGUGUUCAAUUCCUUCUUGUCCAAUUUUAGUGUCACAGAAUCCACCAAGCCCCCGAAACUUCUUACCUGCGCACCGCCUUCUGCUCGGAUUCUUUGCUCUUCUUCCGCUCCUGAUCAUCAAUCCGUUGCCACUGAGAUAGCGGGGAACGAUGCUUCAUUGACUGGCGGUGCGUACGAUUUUGAAAGAGCAACUACCUCGCUUUCUCAGAAAUUGCUGUCAUCGCCAAAGAAAGUGACGCUUCUGCGACAUGGACUUAGCACUUGGAACAAAGAAGGCAGAGUUCAGGGCAGCUCAAACCUGUCGCUUCUAACUGAAGCCGGUGCUGCACAAGCAGAGAGGUGUAGAAAAUCUUUAGCUGAAAUACAAUUUGAUCAUUGUUUCUCCAGUCCAAUAUCCCGUGCCAAGUCGACUGCUGAAAUUUUAUGGGAAGGAAGAGAGCAGCCGUUGGUUUACCUCGACUCACUGAAGGAGGCUCAUUUAUAUCAUCUUGAAGGCAUGAGAAAUGUGGAUGCCAAGAAGAAAUAUCCCAAGGAGUUUAUGCAGUGGAGAGAAGAUCCUAGCAACUUUUGUGUCAAUGGUGUCUAUCCUGUAAGGAAGUUGUGGGAGACUGCCCGUGAAGCUUGGCUGGAAAUCUUAUUUACACCGGGCGAAAACUUCCUGGUGGUCACUCAUAAAUCAAUCCUGAGGGCAUUACUAUGCACAGCUCUUGGACUCGGGCCAGAGAGGUUUCGGUCCAUCGACGUGAACAACGGUGGACUGUGUGUUUUCAGCUUCAACAAACGUGGGGAAGCCAUGCUUCAAUCCUUGAACAUGACUGCCCACAUGUACUCCGACCACAUUUACCGUUACUGAGAAAGCAGAUGAGAGGUACAAACACAACACAGCUGGCAUUAUUACACGGGAAUCAUAUGCUUCUUUUUCUUUUUAUCUUUGUGUAUAUAUCAAGACCAAUAUUUUCUCAUACCUUUUUAAAUUUUUCUCUGUGGAUGGGAUUCGUGGAGUAUCGGGAUACUACUAUACAUAUAUUUUGGUGGGCUUUGUUGGGUUUA